CACCGCCUGCCCAUGCCCAACCUCAAAGACGAGCUGCAUUCCUCGGGGUGGAGCGCUGGCUGCCCCCGCUCUGACAGUGUCACAACCAAAAGGACCAAGCUGAUUCUGCCCUGUUUGAUUUCUUCCCGCAUUUACGUGGUGGAUGUGGGUUCCCAGUGCCGGGCUCCCAGGCUGUGUAAGACGAUCGAGCCCGUGGAUGUCUUCUGGAAGUGCAACAAGGGGCACCUCAACGUACCUCGUGCCCUGCCUAACGGUGAUAUCCUGAUCGCCAACAUGGGAGACGCAGCGGGCAAUGGAAAAGGAGGAUUUAUUGUGCUGGACGGAGAGACCUUUGAGCUGAAGGGGAACUGGGAAAAUGAGUGUGAGGCCCCCCCAACUGGAUACGACUUCUGGUACCAGCCACGCCACAAUGUUCUGGUCAGCACUGCUGGUGUGGUCCCAAGAAUUGCAGGACGUGGAAUAAGUCCCGACGACUUUAAGAAAGGGGUCUUUGGGCGCCGCCUGAACUUCUGGAACUUGUCCUGCCGCUCGCUCACCCAGUGCUUUGACCUGGGGGAGGACUCUCUGCCUCAGAGCGUUAAAUUCCUCCACAACCCCGAUGCUGCUGAAGGAUACGUCGGCUGUGCCCUGAGUGGCGUCGUCUACCGCUUCUACAAGUGUGAGGCGAGUAUUCUGCUGGCAGCCGGGGGGAACCGCUGUGGGGCGAUGGAGAAACACGCAGAAGAGUUUUGGGGUAGCAGGGAGGAGGCGUGUGGAGAGGGCAGCCUGCAGUCCCUGCUUUGGAUGAGCACGCUGGAAUGA